ACGAGUCCAAGUCAUAUGAGAGAAGAGGAAGAGAAAUAGAGUUGUUCAGUGCCUGAGUCUCUCUGUGAAUGGUGAUGUCUUCUGGAAAGCGCUGCCAAUGGAGUGUGUUACUGGCCGGAGGAGUCGUGCUCUUUCUUGCAGGUGGCGGCGGAUGUCAGUACCAGCCCACCUGGGAAUCCAUUGACUCCAGACCUUUGCCAGAGUGGUUCGAUCAGGCGAAGUUCGGCAUCUUCGUGCAUUGGGGAGUGUUCUCUGUCCCCAGCUAUGGCAGCGAGUGGUUUUGGUGGUACUGGCACAAGAACAUGAAGAACUAUGUUGAAUUCAUGGAAAAGAAUUACCCUCCUGGCUUUCAGUACACAGAUUUUGCUCCACAGUUCACUGCGGAGUUCUUCGACGCCAGCCAGUGGGCAGAAAUCUUUGCAGCAUCGGGUGCAAAAUAUGUUGUUCUAACCACUAAACACCAUGAAGGGUUCACCCUCUGGGGCUCCAAGUACUCGUGGAACUGGAAUGCUGUGGACGUGGGUCCCAAAAGAGACCUGGUGGAUGAGGUAGCUAGCGCCCUGCGGAAAAACACUGACGUACGGCUUGGGCUGUACCACUCCCUCUUCGAGUGGUUCCAUCCCCUCUUCCUGGAGGAUGCUGCCAACGUCUUCAAGACCAACAAGUUCCCCAUGACCAAGACUCUGCCUGAGCUGUAUGAAAUCGUGAACAAAUACAAGCCAGAAGUCCUCUGGUCCGACGGGGAUGGAGAUGCACCUGACACUUACUGGAACAGCACAGGGUUCCUGGCUUGGCUCUACAAUGAAAGCCCAGUUCGUGAGACAAUAGUGACAAAUGAUCGCUGGGGCUAUGGCUCUAUAUGCAAGCAUGGUGGCUACUACACAUGCAGUGACCGCUACAAUCCAGGCCACCUCCUGAAGCACAAGUGGGAGAACUGCAUGACCAUUGACCACAAGUCAUGGGGUUACAGGAGAGAUGCAGAGUUGAAAGACUUUCUCACCAUUGAGCAGCUGGUUAAGACGUUGGUAGAGACUGUCUCUUGUGGAGGUAACCUGCUGAUGAAUGUUGGACCUACACAUGAUGGGCGGAUAGUACCCAUUUUUGAGGAGCGCUUGAGGCAAAUGGGCCAGUGGCUGAAGGUGAAUGGGGAAGCCAUUUACAACACAACAGCCUGGAGGGCUCAGAAUGACUCCAUCACCCCCGGAAUCUGGUACACAGCAAAGCCUCAGGAGAAUGCUGUUUAUGCAGUUUUCUUAGAGUGGCCCAAGUCGGAUCUUCUUGUUCUUGGCGAACCCUUAGUAACUGAGGAAAAAACAGAGGUCCAACUGCUUGGUUAUUCCCAGCCACUGAAGUGGCAGCCAUUGAAGUCAAAUGGGCUACAAAUCACUCUGCCUCAGCUGUCUUACAGUGAGAUGCCUUGUCUUUGGGCUUGGACCCUCAAACUAACUAAAGCCACAUGAAGGCCCACAAAAAAGCAAUCUGGGAAUUUUUUAUUUUUUUUAUUUUUAUUUUGUAAUCUGGUUUCAACAUGCCUGUACAGUCUGUCCUAUGGUGUCUGCUCUGAAUAAUGUCUGUAUAAAUUAAAACACUGAUUUUACAAUCACUAGUGAAAUGCUGGUAUGCUGUUAAACUACCUUUUUAGAAUCAUAAAUCACAAAUACAGUCCAUAUUUUUAUGUUUUAUAUUUCUAUACCCUUUUUAAAUGUAACCAGUAUGAACCGAUAACUCAAUGUAAGAAUUUUUGUUUUGCUCAAAUGAUUUGAAAAUAGACUAAUUAUAAGGCGUGAAGGCAUUAUAAGCAGUUUUUCAGCCAUUCUUCAUUAUAGUGUGCCUUUCUAAGGUGUAAGGUUGUCACAAAGCCCUUGGGUACCUCAGUUGCCAUGGGAAGAUUUUACUGUAAAUUUCAGCUGCACUUUUUGCAUUAAUGAUGUAUUUCAAAACA